UGGCUGGCUUUAAGCGUUUAGCUAAUAGCCAUGGCGUUUGUUGUCAAGACAGUUUUCCUGUCAGCGCUAGUGUACAGUGCAGCAGCUGGUAUAUUGACUGGUCAACACGAUCAUGAUUCCUAUGUAGAUUCGGCACUUAGUGCGCCCUCUGCAUCUUAUGGUGCACCCUCGAAUUCUUAUGGGCCACCUAAUUUAUCAGGGUCAGGAAAUUCAGGCUUCAGUGCGCACACAUCAAACAAUGGCGGAGUUUUGCAUGAACAACAUGUGAGUGGUCACAAUGUGGACAGUACUUCUUCAUUCGGCAGCAGUGGACCUACUUUAUCCAGUGGAUCAUCUUCAUUUAACAGCGCUGAUUUUACCAACAGUGGCUCAUUUUCAAGCGGUAAUGCAGGUGGAAGCAGUUCCGCUUUAAGCGGCGAUAUUGGAAGCACUGGCUCCUUUGGUGGAGAUUUAGGCGGCUCUGCUUUUAAUGGAGCAUCAGGCUUGGAUAAUACUGGAGCAAGUUACAAUGAUGCAGGAUUGAGUGGUCCUUCUUUUUCUGGUUCGGCUACUGAUGGAGGAUCUCCCGGUCUUAACAAUGCGCUCCUCCCUGAAGCCAAUUUUGGAGAUUCAGGCCUAUCAGGCGGAGAUCUUGUCGGCGUUGGAGGUGGACUAAAUGGUGGUAGACUUACUGUAUCUGGAGCACCGAGAGUUAUUGGAACUUCGGUUUCAGUUGGCCGCCCUAUAGCUCAGGCUUCAAGAUAUGAAUUGCAAUCUGUGGUGCAAAAUAUCAUCCGUCGCAUUCCAGUUGAAGUAACACGCCAUAUACAAGUUUCUGUACCCCAACCCGUCCCAGUUCCAGUGCGUAAAGAAGUUAAAGUCCCCGUUCCACAACCCUACCCCGUUCAUGUAGAUGUCGUCAAACAUGUACCUUAUCCCGUAUACAAAACAAAACAUGUUGAGGUAGAUCGGCCAGUACCCGUUGAAGUUGUUAAACAUGUACCAUUCGAAGUUAUUAAAAAGGUUCACGUACCUGUCGAGAGACCUGUGGAAGUAAUAAAGAAAGUCCAUGUACCAGUUGAGAAACAUGUCGAGGUCCCAGUAGCAGUUUGGAAACCUUAUCCAAUCCACAUCAUCAAACACGUCACCCAUUACAAAAAGAAGAGCUGUUGCUGGUGA